UUUGACAAGGACUUAGGCAAAAUGGAUUUUGUAAGGUACUUAAGUUAAAAUCUGGCUUCAUUGGAAAAAUGUGUUUUUUUUUUAAUAAAGAGAAUAGAUAAGUUUUAGAUAUAAUAUUUUAAAUUAUUGCAUUUUGUUCUUCCAUCACCCCUUCUCAAAAAUACCACAUGGAACAUUCCAUUCAUUACUGCCUGAGAAAGUCAUUACUUUGCAAGCUGCAGUUGCUGAAAUGAUAUAGUGGAAGAAAUGUUUGCUUGUAUUUCUUUUUUUGUUUUUUGUUCUUUUCUUUUGUUUUGUUUUGUUUUUGGUAAUUGUCUUUUGAAUAUCCAAACUGUAGCAAAGAAGGAGAAGCAGAUUUAAAUUUAUAUUGGGGAAACCUCUUUGUGGAGCAUUUCAUCAGAUGACUCACUGUCAGCCUUAUAUCUUAAAAAGAGGGAUUAAUGAAAUAGCAUCUGAAGCAGCAGUGAACUCUUGUGGAAUAAACCCUGACAUCUUCCGUAGUGUUUUGUGGAAUAAUUUCAAUUUCUUCAGAUACAGAUUACAUAAAGAAGAUUGUAGGGCACGUGACACAUUCUGGUUUCUUGUAUUUCAGAUAGUAGAAAAAUUGCUACCUCUAAGAAUGGAUCCCGGAGAGAUGUUGUCACAGUUACAAGUUUCAUCUAUGGUUUUGAUCUCACAACUUCAUUUUAAUUUUUAUUUAUAAUUUUUGAUUCAAAUAGGCAACUUAGAAUAAUUUGCAAUAAACUGCUUUAUGUAUAAAAUACUGUAAUGGUAAAGUAAUGGAUUGCCUGUGCAUUGUAACCACAAAGAAAUACCGGUAUCGGGAUGAAGAUACACCUCCUCAAGAGCACAUUUCCCCACAAAUCACUAAUGAGGUGAUAGGUCCAGAACUGGUUCAUGUUUCAGAGAAAAACUUGUCAGAAAUCGAGAAUGUCCAUGGAUUUGUUUCUCAUUCUCAUAUUUCACCAAUAAAGCCAACAGAAGCUGUACCUCUCUCUCCUCCCACUGUCCCUGUGAUCCCUGUCCUGCCAGUCCCUGCUGAGAAUACUGUCAUCCUACCCACCAUACCACAGGCAAAUCCUCCUCCAGUACUGGUCAACACAGAUAAUUUGGAAACAUCAACUUAUGUUAAUGGCACUGAUGCAGAUUAUGAAUAUGAAGAAAUCACACUUGAAAGGGGAAAUUCAGGGCUUGGUUUCAGCAUUGCAGGAGGUACGGACAACCCACACAUUGGAGAUGACUCAAGUAUUUUCAUUACCAAAAUUAUUGCAGGGGGAGCAGCUGCUCAAGAUGGAAGAUUGAGGGUCAAUGACUGUAUAUUGCGAGUAAAUGAAGUAGAUGUUCGUGAUGUAACACAUAGCAAAGCAGUUGAAGCAUUGAAAGAAGCAGGGUCUAUCGUACACUUGUAUGUAAAAAGACGGAAACCAGUAUCUGAAAAAAUAAUGGAAAUAAAGCUCAUUAAAGGUCCUAAAGGUCUUGGGUUCAGCAUUGCUGGAGGUGUUGGAAAUCAACAUAUUCCUGGGGAUAAUAGCAUCUAUGUAACCAAAAUAAUUGAAGGAGGUGCAGCACAUAAAGAUGGUAAACUUCAGAUUGGAGAUAAACUUUUAGCAGUGAAUAGUGUGUGUUUAGAAGAAGUUACUCAUGAAGAAGCAGUGACUGCUUUAAAGAACACAUCUGAUUUUGUUUACUUGAAGGUAGCAAAACCCACAAGUAUGUAUAUGAAUGAUGGCUACACUCCACCUGAUAUCACCAACUCUGCUUCUCAGACUGUUGAUAACCAUAUUAGCCCAUCUUCCUACUUGGGCCAGACACCAGCAUCACCAGCCAGAUACUCACCUGUUUCGAAAGCAGUGCUUGGAGAUGAUGAAAUUACACGAGAACCUAGAAAAGUUGUUCUUCAUCGUGGCUCAACAGGCCUUGGCUUCAACAUUGUAGGAGGUGAAGAUGGAGAAGGAAUAUUUAUUUCCUUUAUCUUGGCUGGAGGACCUGCUGAUCUUAGUGGAGAGCUCAGAAAAGGAGAUCGUAUUAUAUCGGUGAACAGUGUUGACCUCAGAACUGCCAGCCAUGAGCAGGCAGCAGCCGCUUUGAAAAAUGCUGGUCAGGCUGUCACAAUUGUUGCACAGUAUCGACCCGAAGAAUACAGUCGUUUUGAAGCGAAAAUACAUGACUUACGGGAGCAGAUGAUGAAUAGUAGCAUUAGUUCAGGAUCAGGUUCUCUUCGAACUAGCCAGAAGCGAUCCCUCUAUGUCAGAGCCCUUUUUGAUUAUGACAAGACUAAAGACAGUGGCCUUCCCAGUCAGGGACUGAACUUCAAAUUUGGAGAUAUCCUCCAUGUUAUUAAUGCUUCCGAUGAUGAGUGGUGGCAAGCCAGGCAGGUUACACCAGAUGGUGAGAGUGAUGAAGUUGGGGUGAUCCCCAGUAAACGCAGGGUUGAGAAGAAAGAACGGGCCCGAUUAAAAACAGUGAAAUUCAAUUCUAAAACAAGAGGAGAUAAAGGGCAGUCAUUCAAUGACAAGCGUAAAAAGAACCUCUUUUCCCGAAAAUUUCCCUUCUACAAGAACAAGGACCAGAGUGAGCAGGAAACAAGUGAUGCUGACCAGCAUGUAACUUCUAAUGCCAGCGAUAGUGAAAGUAGUUACCUAAUCUUGAUUACAGAUGAGUAUGGCUGCUCAAAAGGUGGUCAAGAAGAAUAUGUCUUGUCAUAUGAACCAGUGAAUCAACAAGAAGUUAAUUACACUCGACCAGUGAUCAUAUUGGGACCUAUGAAAGACAGGAUAAAUGAUGACUUGAUCUCAGAAUUUCCUGACAAAUUUGGAUCGUGUGUUCCUCAUACAACUAGACCAAAAAGAGAUUAUGAAGUUGAUGGAAGAGAUUAUCAUUUUGUGACUUCAAGAGAGCAGAUGGAAAAAGAUAUACAGGAACAUAAAUUCAUUGAAGCUGGCCAAUAUAACAAUCAUCUGUAUGGAACAAGUGUUCAGUCUGUACGAGAAGUAGCAGAAAAGGGCAAACACUGUAUCCUCGAUGUGUCUGGAAAUGCCAUAAAGAGAUUACAGAUUGCACAACUUUACCCAGUCUCCAUUUUUAUUAAACCCAAAUCCAUGGAAAAUAUCAUGGAAAUGAAUAAGCGUCUAACAGAAGAACAAGCCAGAAAAACGUUUGAGAGAGCCAUGAAACUGGAACAAGAAUUUACUGAGCAUUUCACAGCUAUUGUACAGGGUGAUACUCUGGAAGACAUUUACAACCAAGUGAAGCAGAUCAUAGAAGAACAGUCUGGUCCUUACAUCUGGGUUCCAGCAAAAGAAAAGUUAUGAGGACUGACGUUUCUGUUUCUUUUUUCUACAAUGCCAUUUUCUUUGACAUUUCUUUGCCCUUUCCUUUGGAGUCUGUCUUCAAUACUCCUUCCAUUUUGAAUCAUAUCCCACUCAUCAUGGUCUGCAGUUGCACUUAUUUUUGACAUCUGGUGUCUCCUUCAAGUUGUAGCAUCUUUAUUAUUGUAUGUCACUGUUGGUUUGUGGCCAUUUUUCAGAGCUGAAGAUGGAAUGGCCUGACCAGCUAUUAAGGAUUUGGGAAGAUGGGGAAAUUGUGGUAAAAUUCCUUAAUGUUUAAGGGAAAGUAACUUUAAAAGAUUUUCAAAAAAGCUUUAUAUACAUUUUUUUCAGAUUUCAGUAUCAAUGAAAGAAAAAUGGUUUUAACCAAUGAUUUAGUAAACUUGGAGCAACAAUGCACGCUUAAUUUUAAUAGCAUGGUUUGGCCAAUAUAUUAGUUCUCAAAUCUUUUCUCGUUUUCUGUUAUCACAAUGAAUACUUUAUUAUAGAGAAAUAAGGAAAUACAUGUUUUUUUAAUUUCACAAUUAAUGUCUGGGUUAACUUUCAUAAUUUUACAAGGGAUAAUUCAUUUUUCAUAAGAGUUUUUAAUGUCUUUUAUUGUUUGAGGGUUGUUUUUUUUUCCCAAAACAUCUGCUAGGGAUAAUGGUGUUUAAAUAUUUUUAACCUUCUUCUACAACACUAUUUAUAGUGUCUUACAAAAAUUAUCUAUACAUAACGAGCAUCACAUUUCUGAAUUAAGGCCAUGUUUAGGUGCUAGGGGAGCUCACCCUUUACACAUAAGGUUGAGAAAAUUUCAAAGAUAUAAACACAAAAUAGACAUUACAAUGGUGAUAUAGUAAUCAUUAUGACAAUGGAAAAGGAGUCCAACUCAUAGUCCAACACUUUAACCAUAUUCUUAGGGGUCAGAUUUUAAUGAAUAUUUUACCCACAAUAACUGCCUAUUUUUGUUAUAAUAAAAUAUAUAUAUAAAUAUAUAUAUAAAACUUUCUUUAAACUCUGUAACUAUGGGAAUUAUUUUUUACAUAGUUGCACACACAAACAUAUAUAUUUAAAAUAUAAUUCUUUUGCCACCUACUCUUUUUGUUUAGUUUUUAAAUUAAAUAUUAAUUGAUUAGACUUUAUUUUCUUUAAUCAUGUAAACUGAAAAUGAGGUAUGGUGGUCAUAGAAAGAAACUUCUAGGGAAAUUAGAUUACAAGUAAAAGUAUGGGCAUGUUCUCCUCUUUUCUACAAAAGUUUUCAAAUGGUUCCUGGUUGGUUUAUUUUUGUUACUGUUGUUCUUGUCAUUGGGUUUGAAUUUGAUCAUCUGCUUCUCCUUCCAGUUCUCCUUUCAUUAAUAGGCAAACAGUCAAAAGCCUCCUGUGUGUAUUUUCCCCUCAGACCACACAACUUUCAACUCUCAUGGCUGCUCUGCACUAGAGUUGUGCAAAUCUUCACAGUGAGCAAUUUCAAGAAAUUUUAGUGAAAGAUCUUUCAGAAAUCAAUUUCUCUGGUCUUUUAUAUUAAUAUUGUUAUAGCUACCCAUUGCUUUUUUGGCAUUGUUUAUUAAGUAUGUGUUUUUGACAACCUCCACAUUAGUUUCUUAAACAAAUGAGUACUAGUUUGUAAAGAAUUAUCAACAUUAUCCAUUCCAUUUAUGAGAAAGAGGAGAACAGCUAAUAAACUUUAUUGUAAAAUCCAUGUUAAAUGUGUCUUGAAUUCUGAAAGAAAAAAGUUUAUUUUACAAGCUGACGCUUUCCUGGAAAAGUUUGGGGCAUCACAUAAUUUUUAAACUGUAUUCAAGAGCUACUAGGCAAGUUAAUCAAAAUUUCUCCUGUAGGUUUUAGAGUUUAUGUUAACACACUGAAGUAUAUACUACACUCCUAAACUAUAUACACUAUAUUAUAGCUCUUACAUUAAAUCCGGUAGAUUGGUACCAAACUAAACAUACCAGGAGAAAAUUAUUGUAAAAUAAUUCACAAGCCCCAGAAAUUACCUUAGAGCAAAACCUCCACAUAAGCCAUUUUGAAGUAUUUACUGGUCACAUGUUGUAAAAUAUCAAGAGGUUAUAAAAUGAUGCCAUUUAUGUGUCAGAAUAUAUAUCACAUUGCUUUAUGGAUGUCCUUGCUAGGUGAUUUUUUUUGUUAAAAAAAUACAGUUGACCCUUCCUGUCCCAACCAAGGUGUCCCAUUUAUGGAUUCAACUAUCCAUGGAUUGGGAAUCCAAAGUAUGUGGAGGGCUGACUGUGUGCAUUGUUCUGUGCCAUUUUACAUAAGGGACUUGAGCGUCCAUGGAUUUUGGUAUCUGUAGGUGGUUCCUUGGUACCAAGGGACAACUAUAUAGUUGAGUUUUGAGGGAAUCAAAAGUUGUAUGUUGCUCUGGCCAAUGUGGCUCAGUUGGUUGGAGAUCCUUCCCAUAAACCGAAAGGUUAUGGGUAUGAAUCCCAGUCAGGUCACAUGCCUAGGUUGUGGGUUCAGUCCCCUAUUGGGGCAAGUACGAGAAGCAUCCAAUUGGUGUUUUUCUCCCUCUCUUCCUCCCUUGCCCUCUCUCUAAAAGUCGAUUAGCGUGUCCUCACAUGAGGAUUAAGCAAAGUUAUAUGCAGAUUUCCAACUGCAUGGAGGAUUGCCUCCCCCAACUAACCAUCAUGUUCUUCAAGGGUCAAAUGUAUGAAUUUUUGUGCAGCUUUAUAGAUUGUAUAGAAUUAUUAAUAAAAGUACUAAUUGCUGCUCUGGCCAGCGUGGCUUAGUUGGUUGGAGCGUCGUCCCAUAAACCAAAAGGUCAGCAGUUCGAUUCCCACUCAGGGUACAUGCCUGCAUGGUUCAGUCCCAGUUUGGAGUCUGUGUGGGAGACAACUAGUCAUUGUUUCUCUCACAUUGAUGUUUUGCUCUCUUCCCCCUUCCUCUCUCUCUGAAAUCAAUAAAAAUAUUAAAGUAAAUAAAAACGAGUACCUGCUAAACCA